AAAGCUUUAUAGAUUUUUCAAGAACACCCAAACUAAUCCAAAACCCAGCAUUCCAUUCUCGCUUCUACAGCCGAACACCGUCUUAGCCAACACCAAAAAAACUCCUCUGCGAUUUUCUUUCCCUCUUUUCUUCACUAAAGCUCUUCCUUUUCCUCUAGCCUUUUGGGAACCAGCAACCAGAAAUCCCAAGACAACCUUUUGUUUCAAUGGUUUCCUAAAUCUAAACCUGAACCCAAGCUUCGCUGCUAUCAGAACCACUUUUAAUCGCUGGUGAUCACCCUUAGUCUCCGUUGGCUUUACUAAUAAGAACUUUCAAGCUUUUCUCUUUUUGGUGGCACCGUUUAUGUUGGUGUUGGGAAUCACUUGGCUAUGCUUUUGAUUCGAGGCCCCCCCUUACCAAUCUAAAACCUUAACCACCAAGCCAGUCCACCAUUGCUUCCACAUUCGUGGGUCACCAUCAGUUAGAAACUUUGCCAAAGUAUAGCUUGAACAAUUGGAAUUCAUACACAAAUGCAGAACACAGUUUACCCCGUGUUCUCUCCAGUAUCAUACUGUAGCACCAAAAUCCGUACCUCUACACCCUAGAUCCAUUUUUAAUUUCUUCAAUCUUCCCUUAGAAUUGAAGAUGGUGUUGGACACGAGCAAGAAAAAAGCAGUGCAGAAGAAAGCUGCUUCCGUCACGAAAAGAGGAGUGAAGACGACUGUGGCUGCUGCAUCUUCCAAUGGGGCGGCCACAGAGAAUGGAGUGGACAGGGGUUUCGAUGGAGUUAGUGCAUUCCUAAUUUUUUAUCAGACCCGUACUAGCGUUCUCUGCUCGUACCCUCUUUCGAGAGAUAUUCAUAUAGUGUCCUUAUCAAUGACUUUUCGUGGACAUGAUCUCAUUGCUGAUUCAGUAUGGAAGCUUAAUUAUGGCAGCCACUAUGGCUUGCUUGGAUUAGAUGGUUGCGGGAAAUCUACGCUAGUUGCUGCAAUAGAUUUGCAUGAAUUUCCAAUUCCACAGCAAAUGGAUAUCUAUCGUCUCACCAGGGAGAUUGAAGCUUCUGACAUGCGUGCAUUGGAGGCUGUCAUAAGUUGUGACGAGGAGAGAGGUUUCAGCUGGCUAGGGGGCACUUAGGAUCUUUUCCCCCCUUUGGA